AUGGAGGGUCUACGACUUGCUCUGUUUUUCAUUCUUGCAUCAUCGUGUUUUUCUUCAUUAUAUGCAGCAGAAGAUGCUGUGGAGGUUUUUGUUAAAGGGGUAACUUCCAUUGCAAAAACUGAUGAUAAUUUUAUUUGUGCAACUUUAGAUUGGUGGCCUAGUGAAAAAUGUGACUAUAACCAGUGCCCAUGGGAGAAGGCUGGCAUCCUCAAUCUGGACUUGAACAACAAGAUUUUGGCUAAUGCCAUCAAGGCAUUUGAUCCUCUGAGAAUCAGAAUUGGAGGAUCAUUGCAAGAUCAGGUGGUUUAUCAAGUCGGCGACGCGAUUAAGAAAUUCCCUCACUUCAAGAAACAAGGUGAUGGUUUAUUCGGAUUCAGCAGAGGCUCUCUGCCAAUGGAUAGAUGGGAUCAACUCAACGCCUUGUUUAGCCAAGCAAAUGCCAAAAUUACAUUUGGCUUGAAUGCCCUUCUUGGGAAGAGAAAGUCUGACAAUUCUACUCUUUGGGUUGGUGAUUGGAACUCAAAUAAUGCCCGCGAUUUUAUGAAGUAUACUGCAUCAAAGGGAUACAAGAUUGAUUCCUAUGAAUUAGGAAAUGAGUUGUGUGCAUCUGGGGUGUCUGCAAGACUGGAGGCUGACCAGUAUGCUAAAGAUAUCGUUCAACUUAAAGAAAUAUUGAAAGACUUGUACCCGGAUCGCCAGACACAGCCUAAGUUGUUGGGCCCUGCUGGUUUUUUCGAAUCUGAGUGGUUUAAAACCUUCCUUGAGGUCUCAGGCCCACAGGUUGUCGAUGGAGUUACCCACCAUAUUUACAAUCUUGGUGCAGGUGUUGAUAAAACCCUGAUCAACAAGGUUCAGGAUCCAUAUUUCUUGGAUGAAAUAGCAGAGACAUUCAAAGACCUUGAAAAUGUUAUCAAGGAAUUUGGUCCAUGGGCAGGACCAUGGGUUGGGGAAUCUGGUGGUGCCUAUAACAGUGGUGGCAAGGAUGUCUCUCAUACUUUUGUUAAUGGAUUUUGGUACUUGGAUCAACUAGGCAUGACAGCAACCUUCAAUCACAAGGUCUAUUGCAGACAAGCCCUCAUUGGAGGAAACUAUGGUCUCCUUAACACUACAUCCUUCAUCCCAAAUCCAGAUUAUUAUGGUGCACUUCUCUGGCAUCGCCUAAUGGGAAAGACUGUGCUUGGUACCAGUCACUUUGGCUCCCCAUAUUUGCGAACAUACACUCAUUGUUCAAAGCAGAAGCCUGGCAUUACAAUGCUCAUCAUUAACAUGUCAAACUCCACUUCCUUUGAUGUUUCUGUCAUCAAUGACGUGAACAAGUACCCACACAGUUAUAAAAUGACUGUUAAUGGUCCAAAUAAGAGAGAAGAGUAUCAUUUGACCCCAAAAGAUGGCAACAUCCAAAGUGAUGUGGUACUGCUGAAUGGAACUCCUUUGCAGCUUACAAGUUCACAAGACAUUCCUCCACUGAAUCCAAAGAUUGUUGAUUCUUCUUCCCCGAUCAGAGUCGCCCCUGAUUCAAUAGUCUAUGUUACUAUUAGAGACUUCAAAGCCCCUGCCUGUGCUUAG